AUGCCAAAUAUUAUUAAAGUGCGAAAUGAGAAAUUUUUAUUUAUUAUUCGAAGCAUUUUUUGUGAACUUCGUAAAAGCGACAAAAAUUUCUCGCACGCGAAUGCAACGUUUCGCUUUAUAAUUAUGAAAAUUCGUGGGAAUACAAAAUGCUUAAACGAAAAUAUCGAUGAAUUCAAUCAUUUCGCUUCUGCAUAUUUACAUUAUUUAAGGAGUACACGGAGGCUGCAAGAAUUACAACAAAAAUAUAAGGGCUAUGAACUUUCGAUUCAAGACAGUGCAAAACUUGUUGGACUAAAAUUGCCAGAAACAAGACAUCAGAAUUAA